AUGCAGCGAGUGCGACCAUGCCUUCAGUCGAAGAGAAUAUCUGGUGAGACACAAGAAGAUAGUUCACCGGAAGUUGAAGGACAUCGAGUGCCUCCAGUGUUCCAAGAAGUUUGGGACCAAGGGUCACAUGGUGACACACGUGAAGGGUGUUCACCUCAAGAGAAGGCAUCCCUGCCCCCACUGCGGCAAGACGUUCGCGCAGAAAGGCUAUCUUGGGACACAUUUGAAGAAGCUUCAUCAAUCACUUCAUCAAGCGAGUCAAUCACUUCGCUAUGGAGCCUCGAGAGUUUGGGCAUUACAGAUCCAGCGGAAGUGAAGAGCAAAACGGAGAGAGAAGAGGACACAUUAUGGAAGUUUCAAGAAACUGUCAAGCAGAAUGAAGAGGGGCGGUAUUCGGUUCGACUUCCGUGGAUAGUUGAGAACCCCAAUAUUCCAGACAACCGAAUAAUAGCAGAGAAGAGGCUGGUGUCUGGAACCAAAAAGCUAUUAGAAAAGAAUAAGAUCAAUGACUACGGAGUGUUAUUCAAACAAUGGGUGGAGGAAGGAUUUGUAGAAGAGGUCAGCACUCAGGAUAACUGCAGUAAGGAGAGAGGAGUGCAUUAUCUUCCCCACCAUCCGGUAUUCAAGCCGCAAAGUUUGACCACUCCGGUGCGCCCAGUUUUCGACGCCUCGUGUAAAACUGGACGCAACCCGUCACUGAAUGACUGCCUGGAGAAGGGGCCCAACCUGCUGGAACUAAUCCCCUCUUUAAUUUUACGCUUCCGGGGGAAGAAAGUUGGAGUAAUAGCGGACAUCCGGAAGGCGUUCCAGAUGAUAGAGGUGGAUCCAGUGGACCGGGAUUAUUUAAGAUUUCUGUGGUGGGAGGACGAGACGAAGAGAACAGAAAUCAAGAUAUUUCGGCAUAAGAGAGUCGUCUUUGGGGUGAAUAGCAGUCCAUUUCUACUGGGAGCGGUAAUAUCGUCGCAUCUCGACACCACCGUGCCCGAAGAGAAAGUGGUAGCGAAGCAAGUGGCGAAAUCAUUUUAUGUCGACAAGCUCGUCACGUCAGUGGACACGGUGGGAGAAUUAGAAGAUUUGAGAGAAAAGGCAACCCGACUUCUCGCCUCAGCAAAGAUGGAGCUCCGCCAGUGGGAGUGUAGUGAGUGCCAACCUGGACCUGGCAGCGACUACAUCUCUCACUCGGUCACGAGCGUCCUCGGGAUGAAGUGGGAUAAGGUGCAGGACUGCCUAUUUGUCAAUAUUCCGAAGAUUGAACUACCGGAAGUUAUCACGAGAAGGACACUUUUGUCGCACACCCAGAGCGUGUUCGACCCGAUGGGAUAUCUUAGCCCCGCCACCAUCAUCCCCAAAAUAUUAUUGCAAGAAUCGUGGAAAGUGAACAAAUCGUGGGAUGAUGGUUUGGAUGAGAAGAUGCAGAGAGAAUUUAGAGAGUGGUGGGGCCAGAUUGGAUUAAUGGAGAAAGUGUGUAUCCCUCGGUACAUUGGAAUUGGAAUUCGGACUACCUACCAACUUCACGGGUUUUCCGACGCAAGUAGAUUUGCAUACGCAGCGGCAGUAUUCGUAAGAGUGGAUGACGGCGAAAGGAUCAAGUGUCAUCUACUUCAAGGAAAGUCAAGAGUAGCUCCAUUUCGACCUACCACCACAAUACCGAGAUUGGAAUUAAUGGGAUGCGUCAUAUUAGCAAGAUUGAUGUCGACCGUGGUGGAGGCGUUAUCAUUGCAGUCAAUUGAGAAGUUUUAUUGGAGCGAUUCGUCUACUGCGCUAGCGUGGAUAAAAAGAAAUAAUGAGUGGGGGACAUUUGUGGGAAAUCGCGUAAAAGAAAUCUGCAAAUUGUCAUCCCCAGAUGAGUGGUCACAUGUCCCAGGAGUGAUCAACCCAGCGGACCUUCCAUCAAGGGGUUGCUCCCCGCAGAAGUUAGUAGACAGUAAAUGGUGGGAGGGACCAGCAUGGUUGUCAAAACCGAAGGAAAAUUGGCCAACCGGACAAGAAGAUACAGACGACGAGGCGGUGGAUAAAGAGAAGAAGAAGAUUAGUGUCUCACUCGUGGCGAUGGGGGCAGCGGUCCCAUGGUACGCACAGAGAUACUCUCUCGCCUCCCGCAAUAUACGACUAAUUGCCUGGAUGCUUCGAUUUGUGGCAAGAUGUAGACGAGCUAAAACUGGAUCUGGAAAUCUCACACAAGAAGAGUUAUGGAAUGCGGAGAAAGUUGUGACGAGGAUGAUCCAGUCUGAAACAUUUGGUGAAGAAAGGUGGAAGAAUAAAGCUCACUUAAAAAUCAAGCGAUCCGCAGAUGGACUUCUAGUCGUCGAGGCAAAAGCAUUUACGCCACGCACAUGGGGGAUUCAGUUUCUCAUGGGAAAAUUGAGGGAAAAGUUCUGGAUAAUUCAGUCACGUCGGGCCAUCCGGAAGAUUGUAAAUAGAUGUGUAAGAUGUCGGAGGUUUGCUGCAAAAAGUUGCGAAGUUGAGGCAGCACCACUUCCAAAAAAUCGGGUUUUGGACGCCGCAGUGUUCCAGAUCACUGGAGUGGACCUCGCCGGCCCCUUAUUUCUUGCUGACGGGAGCAAAGUUUGGAUUGUUCUCUUCACGUGCGCCGUGUACAGAGCCGUACACUUAGAGUUGGUCGCGGCGUGCUCUACAGAGGCAUUUAUUCUCGCAUUGUCGAAAUUUAUCAGCAGAAGAGGGAGGCCAACGACAAUCUAUUCGGAUAAUGGUACAAAUUUUGUGGGCACCGACAACAUUUUUAAGAAAUUGGACUGGAAAAAGAUUGAGUCAACAGCAAGCGUACAGAAGAUUCAAUGGAUUAUGAAUCCUCCUUCAAGUCCGUGGUGGGGAGGAUUCUGGGAACGAUUAGUAAGAAGUGUUAAGGAUUUACUGAAGAGAAUGUUGGGCAAAUCUAGAGUCAAUUUGGAGCAACUCUCAACCUGUAUUUGCGAAGUGGAGAGUGUAAUUAACGCCCGCCCCUUAACAUAUGUAACAGAGGAUAAUGAUGACCUCAUCCCUUUGACACCGUCAAUUUUCAUGCAGAGUCAGACGAGAGCAGAGUUUCCCGAAUUGAGAGAAGUGGACCAGGGGGCUCUAAUUACAGAAUAUAAAGCGAUGCAGAUCCUCAGAAGAGAAUUGAGAGAGAGAUUCCGCAAGGAAUAUUUGGGUCUGCUGGUGCAAAGAGGAAAUGAGAAAGAAGGUCAAUGA